AUGGAGACUCAACCGGCUAAGAAGCUGGACUCACCCUACUAUGACAUUGUCAUUGUGGGAGCUGGUCCGGUAGGACUCAUGCUGUCCACCUGCUUGGCCAGAUGGGGUUACAGAAUCAAGCACAUCGAUAACAGAUCUGAGCCUACGCCAACUGGGCGGGCGGACGGUAUUCAGCCGAGAUCUCUAGAUCUGCUCCGCAACAUGGGGCUCAAGUCUGCCAUCAUGGCCCACAAGCCGGCGAGAGUGUACGAAGUGGCUUUCUGGGAUCCACCGAAGAAUGGCAACGGCAUCAUCAGGACUGGCACUUGGGCCAGUUGCCCCAGCUUCAUUGACGCCAGGUAUCCGUUCACCACCCUUUUGCACCAAGGUCUGAUUGAGCGGGUGUUCAUCUCCGAUCUUGAGAAGAACAACACCAAGAUCCAGAGACCAUGGACUAUCACUGGCUUCAAGACGGAUGAGAAGGAGAACCCGGAAUACCCCGUGGAGGUGAACCUCAAGCACGUGGACGGCACUGCAGAGGAGACCGUCCGUGCAAAGUACCUAUUCGGUGGUGAGGGAGCUCGAUCAUUCGUGAGAGAGCAGUUGAAAAUCGGCAUUACACACAAGGACCCGAUCGCUCACGUGUGGGGUGUUAUGGACGGUGUGGUGAAGACCGACUUCCCCGACAUCAAGAUGAAAUGCACCAUCCAUUCGGAGCAUGGUUCGAUCAUGGUUAUUCCCCGAGAAGACAACAUGGUCCGCCUUUACAUUCAAAUCGCUUCCUCCACAGACCCGGAUUUCAACCCUCGGAAAACCGCAACGACAGAAGAGGUGCAAGAGUCCGCCAAGCGCAUCCUGCAGCCGUACAGCAUCGAAUGGGAGCGAGUUGAAUGGUAUUCUGUCUACCCCAUUGGCCAGGGUAUCUCGGAUAAGUACACCUUGGACCACCGGGUAUUCCUAGGUGGUGAUGCUUGCCACACGCACAGUCCCAAGGCAGGUCAGGGAAUGAACACUGCGUUCUUGGACGCAUUGAACCUUGCUUGGAAAAUCCACGCUGUAGAAGGAGGUCUUGCAGACAGAGCUCUGCUAACGACUUACGAACCUGAACGGAAGUCCGUGGCAGAGAGUCUUCUCGACUUCGACAACAGAUAUGCCAAGCUCUUCUCGACAAAGCCUUCAGCUGAUACUGUCGAGGCAGCAUCCGGGCAGUCAAAAGACCAGGCUGAUGAUAAUGACUUCAUCCGAACGUUCAAGGAGUCUUGUGAGUUCACGAGUGGGUACGGAGUAGCCUAUGGCCCCAACUCUCUCAACUGGUCACCCGAACACUCUGCAAAAUCGCCUUUGAUCCACCCCAAGGGUACAAAGCUGAGAACUGGUCGUAUCAUGAUCAACGCCAACGUCACCCGAGUUGUCGACGCGAACGUUGUUCAUCUCGAGCAGGAGAUCCCUCUCAAUGGCUCGUUCAGAAUCUACGUCUUUGCCGGCAAGCCCUCUGUUACCGGACAGGCUUUGAAGGACUUCGCGAAGAAUUUGAGUGACAAGCGCUCGUUCUACGGCGCCUACCAGCGCUCUGAUCUUAGCGCUGUCUCGCAUCACGACCACCUGAACCCCCACAGCUUGUUCUUCACUAUCGCCACAAUCUUCUCUGCCAAGCGUUCCAGUGUCGAGAUCUCGCGAGAUUUACCCGAGUUGCUCGCCCGCUACAGGGACCUCGUUUAUGCAGACGAUAAGUGGGAUCGCCAAGUACCGAACGCGACGGCCGCAGCCCACGCAAAGAUGGGUCUGGACGAGGAGAAGGGUGGUGUCGUCGUUGUCCGCCCCGACGGCUACGUUGGCGUGGUCGCAAGCUUGGUCGAGGGAAGCGGUACCGUUGAUGCCCUCAACGAGUACUUCUCGUCCUUCACUACGAAGAAGCUGGGCGAGGCACGCUCUCAGCUAUGA